AAGGUCAGAGCACUACAUUCAAGAUGGCGUCCCCCUUGUGUCGGUGUUACCAGCUCUGUUUGAGAAGAGGCUUGGUGUCAGUCCCUCACUCUUCCCUGCUUCUGCACAACAGACCAUGUGUGUACAGGAUACGAGGUCUUCCCACCAGCCCAUCACAGGUGCCUCAGUCUGCAGUGCUGCAGGUCAGGUACUUGUCAGGGGAGAGAGGUGGCGGAAGAAAAGGAUUUCUGGGUGAGUUUCUUGACAACCUGAAACAGGAGCUCAGCAAGAACAAGGAAAUGAAAGAGAACAUCAAGAAAUUUCGAGAAGAAGCCAAAAAGCUUGAGGAGUCUGACGCACUGAAGCAAGCCCGACGGAAAUAUAAAACUAUUGAAUCUGAAACAGUGAAGACGUCAGAAGUUCUAAAGAAGAAGUUGGGGAACCUCUCUGAGACAGUUAAGGAGGGACUAGAAGAGGUGGGUCGGACAGACAUUGGAAAGAAAAUCAAAGAGGGGAUGGAGGAGGCAGCCAAGACUUCAGCUGAGACUGUCUCAAAAAGCGGGGAAAUGCUCGGCAAGACUGGAGCGUUCAAAGCAAUAUCACAGGGUGUAGAGAGUGUCAAGAAGGAGAUUAGUGAUUUAGGCCACACUGGUCCAUAUCGUCCACCUGCACGGUUGAGGAAGAGGACAGAGUUCUCUUCAAAAGGAGCUGCGGAUGACAGCAAAGUCUUUGAAGCCAAUGAGGAAGCCAUGGGUGUGGUCCUCCACAAGGACUCCAAGUGGUACCAGCAGUGGAAGGAUUUCAAAGACAACAAUGCUGUGUUCAACCGGUUCUUUGAAAUGAAAAUGAAGUACGAUGAGAGCGACAAUGCCUUCAUACGAGCGUCCCGCGCGGUCACCGACAAAAUGACCGACCUCAUCGGUGGACUCUUCUCCAAGACUGAGAUGUCGGAGGUGUUGACUGAAAUCCUGAAAGUGGAUCCCUCCUUUGAUAAGGACGCUUUCCUCAAACAGUGUGAAAAUGACAUCAUCCCUAAUAUCUUGGAGGCCAUGAUAAGGGGGGAGCUGGAGGUGCUGAAAGACUGGUGCUAUGAAGCGACGUACAGUCAGCUCGCACACCCGAUCCAACAAGCCAAAGCCAUGGGCCUUCGGUUCCACUCCAAGAUCCUGCACAUCGACAGCAUUGAUUUGGCCAUGGGGAAGAUGAUGGACCAGGGGCCGGUGCUGAUCAUCACUUUUCAGGCUCAGUUAGUUUUGGUGGUCCGGAACUCUAAAGGAGAGGUUGUUGAAGGUGACCCGGAGAAGGUUCUCCGGAUGAUGUACGUGUGGGCCCUCUGUCGAGACCAGGAGGAGCUCAACCCCAAUGCUGCGUGGAGACUGCUGGACAUUUCUGCCUCAAGUACCGAGCAGAUUCUUUGAGACGCUGGGAGUGAUGUGAUGUGGGACAGACAAGUCCAUCUGCUGGAGGAAACAUGCGGGUGGAUGGGAAGACGACGACGAAGAAGAGGCAGGCGAGGAAUGGACGAAUGUGGACGUUUAAUUCAAAUGCCACCGCGCUUUGCCUCACACAAGAGGGCGCUAGACCUCCACUCCAUAUGGUGCUGGACAGCCAAGCGUUGCCACUGAGAGGAAAAUGAAAUGAAACGAUGUUGAAAUGGUGUCCGUAAUUUUUUAAAAAUGAGAUUCAUAAACAGCCUUGCAGCCAGACUGAGCUCCUCAGACAUGUGUUCAUCUCAGGUUUUGGUGCCACUAGAAAAUAACAAAAUUUUCUAGUAACUAAAUAACAAAAUGUCUAUCAGGAAACUUCCACAAAGACAGCAUUUUUUUUAAAUAAAAAUGAAUUACUAAUUAAAAUCCCAAGCCUUUUUUUAUCUGCAGUCAUCUCAAGAUCAGUCAUUGUAUUUCACAGGAAGCAGGAACGUGAGAUUCAAGCCACUGUACUGCUCAGAUGUUUUUGUGAAGGUCAGUGUUCCACUCGCGUGACUAAAACCGUAGCUUUCGAUCGAACGCUCUUCAAAGUGAGCUCUGUAAAAGUCUGAAAGUGACUUCUGCCGAGUUGCCCCUCUUAUUUAAUCUGGUUUGCCCGAAUACACACUCACAUUUGAUCCAGCGGUCUCCGAUGACACUUGACCUUCAGCGUGGUAAUCGCUGUGUGUAAUGUGCCGUGUCAUUGCUGAAGCCCCCUCCCUCUCUCUUACGCCUUGAUAUGUCAACCUCUGGAGGUUAUGACGGUUAAACACACAUCUUCGGCCGUUUCUCACUAAAACACUCUCGGCCUCGGAGCUUAAUGACCCCGAUAAUGUUUUCCACCAGCAGAUCGAUGGGAUUCACGGCUCGUGAGCCGAUACCAAACUUGUAGAGGUACUCCUGGCCUUGUGCAGACAAAUGUGUGGCUGUUUAACAUGAGUAACCUCUUGGUGUGUCCCUGAGUCGGGUGGUUGCCUCCCUGCUGCGAAGACGUCGCUCCUCUGUUGCUGAUGUUGCAGCUUCGGAUGAAAAACUAAUGGUGAAAACGAUUCAGGCCAAGGCUUGAUCCACAUUUGAAGGUUGAAA